AUGAACUCAUACGCUGCAAGACUUGCCUCAUUCACGUCAUGGCCACACAUAUAUCCAAGUGCCUCUACCGUAGCCCGUGCUGGCUUUCAUCGAGAAUUCGACCCUACUUUUCCAUCCCCGGAUCUAACGCAGAAGAAGAAGCACCGGAAUCAGAAGACUCGCCAGCAAUAUACGAGAAGGUCUCUACAGCCAGUCACUCAGUCAGCUACUCAGCAAGCCACUCAGUCAUCCACUCAGUCAGCCACUCAGCAAGCCACUCAGUCUGAUACUCUACAAGAGGAGGAACUACAACAGGCAAAUGCGGAGAAUACUGCGGAGAACACGGCGGAGAAAUCAAGCGGCAGCAAGGCCUUCAGCACCAAGAACACAGGCUUACUCUUCAAGAUCCCACGUUAUAUGCUCUCUACGAUUCCACGUCAAAUCACCACUCAGCAAGCGGAGAACGACACUACAACUUGGCCUGUCAUCCCCACUGCAUUGAUAGGAUACAUCACUGCAAUGACGUCACAAGAGGAGGAUCUACUGCGUCGAUCACAGCCAAUUGGGCCACUGCAGGAGGAAGAUCAAUGA